AUGUCCCUCCUUUAUCUUGCGGCCCUUCUGGUGGCCCUUAUCAGCUCGGUCACAGCCCAAACCUUCACGAAUUGUAACCCGAUAAACUCGACUUGUCCGGCCGACCCAGCUCUGGGCACCAACCAUACCUGGGUCUUCAACUCCACCCAGGACGACACCAUCUGGAACAUCACCAACGGCGAGAUCACCUACGAUGGCGACGACGGCGCCCAGUUCGUUAUCGCCGAGAAGCUGCAGUCUCCCACCAUGCAGUCCAACUUUUACAUCUUCUUCGGCGUCGUCGAGACCCACCUCAAGAUGGCCAAGGGCAACGGAAUCGUCAGCAGUGUGGUCUUGCAGUCGGACGACCUGGACGAGAUCGAUUGGGAGUGGAUUGGCGGUAACGUCAGCGAGGUCCAGUCCAACUACUUCGGCAAGGGUGACGAUUAUUACAAGCCCGCCGGCUUUCACUAUGUCGCCAACGCGGACACGGAAUUCCACAACUACACCACCAACUGGACCCCCGAGAAGCUUGAAUGGAUCAUCGACGGCACCGUGGUGCGCACCCUGACGUACGACGAGGCAAAGAACGGCACCCGGUUUCCCCAGACCCCCAGCAACGUGCGACUGGGCAUCUGGCCCGCUGGUGACCCGAGUAACAGUAUCGGCACCAUUGAAUGGGCGGAUGGCGAAGUCGACUACGAUGCGGGUCCGUACACCAUGGCCAUCCAGAAAAUCCGCGUGCAGGAUUACCACUCCGGCAAGGAGUAUGAGUACAGCGACCAUUCGGGCUCAUUCGAGAGCAUCAAGGUUGUCGAGGGUAAUUCUACUGCCGUCGAGGAGCUGAACAAGGCCCCUGCCAAGUCCCUCGCGGAGAAAUGGGCUGAGGUCCCCACGGGAGGCAAGAUCGGUGUCUAUGUCGGCGCCGCCGUCGUUGGCGCAAUGCUGAUCGCCGGGUUCAUCUUCUUCUGCUUGAAACAACGGAGAAAGGGCCGACUCGAGCACGCCCUGGACGACUCUAAGUGGACCGCCGAGCGCACCGAAAUGAACAAUUUCCAAUCCGACUGGAAGCAAAGCGACUGGAGUCACCGCGGCUACAAACAGGUCUCCUCUUAG